GGAUGGGGGGCUUUGGGAGUCCGUGACCCUGACGCCUUCGCCUCUCGCCCCUUGCAGCUAUUCCCAUGCCCUGGAUGGCAUGUACCGCGUCCUCCGGGAAGAGGGCUUGAAGAAACUGUUCUCAGGAGCUACGAUGGCAUCCAGUCGAGGGGCCCUAGUCACUGUUGGGCAGCUUUCCUGUUAUGACCAAGCCAAGCAGCUGGUUCUCACGACUGGGUUGCUGUCAGACAACAUCUUCACUCACUUUCUGGCCAGCUUCAUUGCUGGCGGAUGCGCCACAUUCCUGUGCCAGCCCCUGGACGUGCUCAAGACGCGCCUCAUGAACUCCCAGGGCGAGUACCGGGGUGUCACCCACUGUGCCAUGGAGACUGCCAAGCUCGGGCCCCUCGCUUUCUACAAGGCAGCGUCCAUUCCCCUUCUGAAACGGGGGCUGUGGGAUCUGACCCUGGCUUCUACCGAGAUUCUGCCUUCGUAGUGGGCUUCGUUCCCGCUGCCAUUCGGCUCAUUCCUCACACCGUCCUCACCUUUGUCUUCCUGGAACAGCUGCGCAAAUACUUUGGGAUCAAAGUGGUCACCUGAGGGAGGGCUGGACCCUGCCUCGCCCUGGGGGUGAGCG